AUGCCGGAGCUGACUUCCAAGGGCACGACCAUUUCCAAGAAAGGCUUCAAGAAAGCUGUAACCAAAACCCAGAAGAAAGAAGGCAAGAAGCGCAAACGAUGCCGCAAGGAGAGCUAUUCCAUUUAUAUCUACAAAGUGCUGAAGCAGGUGCACCCCGACACCGGCAUUUCGUCCAAGGCCAUGAGCAUUAUGAAUUCCUUCGUCACUGACAUAUUCGAGCGCAUCGCGGGCGAGGCGUCACGCCUGGCACAUUACAACAAGCGCUCGACCAUCACGUCCCGCGAGAUCCAGACGGCCGUGCGCCUGCUGCUGCCCGGGGAGCUGGCCAAGCACGCCGUGUCCGAGGGCACCAAGGCCGUCACCAAGUACACCAGCUCCAAGUAGACUCGCCAAGUAA